AUGGUAGAGGUGUUUACACUGAUUGGCGGCCUUGCGGCUAUGAUGCAACUGGCUGGUUCCGUGGUCGAGUUGACAAAAGAAUUGCGUGUUUGUGUGCGCACUAUACGCUCCGCGCCGAAAGAAAUCGAAUACUUUAUUCUUCAGACCUACAUAUUUACUAAUUUACUCUGUUAUUUUCACGAGGUCGCGAAAGGAUCUGCUGCUGUUAUGAAUGAAAACCCCAAAGCUAAGCGAGCCAGAAUGAGAGGGUUUGCUUAUCUCGUUCGACGUUUUAUUGAUAUUAAGGGUGCCGACACGGCGUCACUGAAUACGCUCUGGGCACGAUUGCUGUGCCUUUGGAAAAGGCUAGACGUGCCAGAGUUGCACUUAAAUCUUCAGAGCGCAAUAGCUAAUAGCCAAUAUGAACCUACCAUGAAACCUGUUUACAUGUACGUUGCAUGGUUAAAUGCACUAGUACGGUUCGUAUUCAACUGCUGA